AUGGGAAUGGGAGCCCAUGUCUCUUCGGUGGAUUCAAAAACCCUUUUCUCAGGUAGAUACAACAUUACAUUAUUACUGAUCCAUUAUUUACAUAUCUACACCCCACUGAUCCAUUAUUCACUUGACUUCCUCUUUGAAUCUUUGUCUCGUUCUCUGUUAACGGAGACGAUGAGUUUCCGGUUUAAGUUUCCGCCACCGGUUAUUCCUCCGUCUUCUUCCAUUUCCUUUUGGAAUUUGUUCAUCUUCUUCGUCUGCAUCAUCAUGUUCCAGAAAUCCAACGCUCAAACUCCGCGAACUGAUCCUUCCGAAGUGAGAGCGUUAAAUUCGAUAUUUCAACAAUGGGAUGUUCAAAUCCCGAACAACGAAUGGAACAUAAGCGGAGAACCAUGCAGCGGAAAAGCGCUCGGAUCAGAUUUCGACAACGAGAACAGAAUUGCAGCAAUCCAAUGCAAUUGUACCUUCGACAGCAACACCACUUGCCAUAUUAUCAAAUUGAAAGUCAGUCAACUUAACAGGCAAGGGGUUAUUCCUGAAGAACUUGCUGCUCUAACUUAUCUUGCUGUAUUAAAAAUUGAUCAGAAUGCCUUCACUGGUACCUUACCUCCAUUCCUUGGAAAUUUUUCUGCAAUGGUGGUCUUGUCACUUGCCCACAAUCAAUUCUCUGGUCCCAUACCCAAGGAGCUUGGAAAUCUUAAAGAACUAAAUAUGUUGGCUAUAAGUUCCAAUAAUUUUUCAGGAAGUCUUCCCCCAGAACUUGGAAACCUAGUCAACUUGCAGCAAUUUUAUCUAGACAGUUGUGGUGCUGGUGGAGAGAUUCCCUCUACAUUUGCCAACCUCCAAAAUAUGAUUGUCAUGUGGGCAUCAGAUAGCCCUUUUUCUGGAAAGAUACCUGCUUUUAUAGGAAACUGGACAAAAUUAGUGAGCCUGAGACUUCAAGGGAAUAAUUUUGAAGGUCCUAUACCAGCUACUUUUUCAAAUUUGACCUUGUUGACUUCUCUGCGAAUAAGUGAUUUGCAGAAUUUCAGUUCAUCUCUUGACUUUAUCACCAACUUGAGGAACCUAACUGAUUUAGUUAUAAGAAAUGCAUUAGUAUCAGGUCCUAUUCCAACAAACAUUAAUCGAUUGGAAAAGCUAGAAACACUAGAUUUAAGUUUCAACAAUUUAAGUGGUCCACUACCACAAACAUUAAUGAAUAUGAGUUCCCUCCUUUCAUUGUUUCUUGGAAACAAUAGCUUGUCUGGUUCUCUUCUUCCUGAAAAAAGCAUACGUCUUCAAAAUAUAGAUUUGUCUUACAAUGAACUCUCUGGAUCUUUUCCUCAGUGGGUGAUUCCAUCAUGGGCAAUGCCUAAUCUGCAAUUGAAUUUGGUGGCUAAUAACUUUAAAUUUGACAGCACAAACAUAAGUAUUUUCCCAGGAUUAGUUUGUCUUCAGAGAGACUUUCCUUGCAACAGGAACACAACAACACCUUAUACCAGCUUUGCAAUCAAGUGUGGUGGAUCAGGAGUAAAGUCCAAUGACAUAGAAUUCGAUACAGAAAACUCUACAGCCUUGGGACCCGCAUCCUACUAUUUAUUUCAAGAAAAAUGGGCUGUGAGCAAUGGGGGUAUAGUAAUUGACAGAAAAGACCCUUCAUUCAUAGCAUCCACAACAAUCCAAGUCAACAACACAAAAUACCCUGAGCUUUUCAGAACUUCAAGAAUGUCUCCAGGGUCCCUUAGAUACUAUGGUUUAGGGCUUCAAAAUGGUCCUUACACUAUCACCUUAUUCUUUGCUGAAACUGUCUUCAAUUUAACCACCAGUGUCUGGAAGGGUCAUCCCAGACGCCUCUUUGAUAUUUACAUCCAGGGAAAUCGAAGACAAAAGGACUUUGAUAUAUCAAAGGAAGCAGGUGGUGCUGGAAUAGCUUUAGAAAAGAAUUAUGAUGUAAGAGUGACACAAAAUCAUAUUGAAAUCCAUCUUUUUUGGGCUGGAAAAGGGACUUGCUGCAUACCUGAACAGGGAGAUUAUGGUCCUUUAAUUUCUGCAAUCAGAGUUACCCCUGGUUUCAAAGUGAAGGGUAAUUCUUCAAAUAAUACUGGAAUGAUAAUUGGUAUCAUAGCUGGGGUGGGAUCUGUCUGCCUUGUUUUCUUAAUUUUUGGUUUAUUUUACUUGAAAAGGAGAAGGUCAAAAGAUGGGGAAGAAGAAGAAAUUCUUGGCAUUGGACCAAAAGUAAAUACUUAUAGCUAUGCAGAACUGAAAACUGCAACUGCAGAUUUCAGUCAUUCAAAUUUCCUUGGAGAGGGUGGUUUUGGACCUGUUUACAAGGGAAUAUUGAAUAAUGGAAAUGUAGUAGCUGUGAAGCAACUGUUAGUAGCAUCCCACCAUGGAAAGAGUCAAUUUAUAACUGAAAUUUCCACCAUUUCAUCUGUCCAACAUCGGAACCUUGUUAAGUUACAUGGUUGUUGUAUUGAAGGAGCUAGAAGACUUCUUGUUUAUGAGUAUCUUGAGAAUAAAAGCCUUGAUCAAGCACUCUUUGGCAAAAGGAAUGUGCAUAUAGAUUGGGCAACACCAAAACUAUACGAUGAUAAAAGAACCCAUAUGAGUACCCGGGUCGCAGGAACCAUUGGGUAUCUUGCACCGGAGUAUGCAAUGCGUGGACAUUUAACAUCAAAAGCUGAUGUUUUUGGAUUUGGAGUUGUGUGUCUUGAGAUUGUUAGUGGGAGGCCCAAUUAUGAGGACAAACUUGAUUCCGAACAAAAGUAUCUUCUACAAUGGGCAUGGAGUCUAUACGAAAGCAACCGAAGCCUAGAGCUUGUAGAUCCAUCUUUAACAUCUUUUGAUGAACAAGAAGCCAGACGUAUGAUAGGAAUAGCUCUCAUGUGUGUUCAAGCAUCACCUUCUUUAAGACCCGCAAUGUCACGUGUCAUUCCAAUGCUUUCAGGGGACAUUGAAAUAAGUCAAGUCACUACAAAACCAAGUUAUUUAACCGAUUGGGAUUUCAACGAUACAACCAACACUUUUUAUGAUGAAGAAACUCUUUCUUUGUCAUUUGAAAAUACAACCAUCACUACAAAUACAACCUCAACGGGUAUCGAGUCAGUGUCAAUGUCAUCACCUAUAAUAUCCGAGCUAAUCAACACUGGGAGUCUUCGUGAAGGAAGUGGGUAUCUUGCACCGGAGUAUGCAAUGCGUGGACAUUUAACAUCAAAAGCUGAUGUUUUUGGAUUUGGAGUUGUGUGUCUUGAGAUUGUUAGUGGGAGGCCCAAUUAUGAGGACAAACUUGAUUCCGAACAAAAGUAUCUUCUACAAUGGGCAUGGAGUCUAUACGAAAGCAACCGAAGCCUAGAGCUUGUAGAUCCAUCUUUAACAUCUUUUGAUGAACAAGAAGCCAGACGUAUGAUAGGAAUAGCUCUCAUGUGUGUUCAAGCAUCACCUUCUUUAAGACCCGCAAUGUCACGUGUCAUUCCAAUGCUUUCAGGGGACAUUGAAAUAAGUCAAGUCACUACAAAACCAAGUUAUUUAACCGAUUGGGAUUUCAACGAUACAACCAACACUUUUUAUGAUGAAGAAACUCCUUCUUUGUCAUUUGAAAAUACAACCAUCACUACAAAUACAAAUACAACCACAACUACCUCAACGGGUAUUGAGUCAACUUCACCUAUAAUCAUGUCUGAGCUGAUCAACAAUGAAAGUUUAAGAGAAGGAAGGUGA